UCUCUGGCUUCCUACCAGUGUUCAGCAUGGACAAACUUGGGAACAUGUUAGAAUCGUUGACUAAAUUUUUGUUUUCGUCUAUGUAGUGAUCAUGCAUACCACUAGAGACAUGUUUGGCUGCUUCUUUUUUUUUUUUUUGGUAAUAAUUUAAACGUAAAAUAAUGAAGACAUGAAUAGGGAGAAGGUCUAGAAUAUUAAACUAUUAAUUGAGUAUUCUUCAACACUUCAAUUUGUUAUAUAAGCUUGUUCUUUGUGUCCUCAAUACUUGCAGAAAUGGUUGCUCCAGAAUUAGAUUAGUUGUUUGAUGUGUACAUCACACUCAUGAAAUUUUCUGAUAUGCUCAUGUUAGUUAAAAUCGGGAGUAAAAUUCGUAAAAUUGUAGGAUUUUACGAUUUUACUAUCCCAUAACUUGCAAAAAAAUAUCUAAACAGGUAAAUCAUUCAGAAUAGGUACUAAAAUCGGGAAGUCUGGAUUUUUUAAGGAUUGUACUUCUCAAAUAAAAUUGGGCUGAAAUUCGUUUAUUGGGCCUGAUUGAAAUAUUUUUUUUCUCCAAAGCCUAUGAGCCUAAAUUGAUUAAUUGGCAGCGAAUGAAAAGAAAAAAAACAAAACCUUAUUCUGCCAAAAGAGAACGACCAGCAGCAUCGACUCCCUUGAGAGGCGGUGCAAACAGCGAUAUUUGAAGCGAAUUACAAUCAUGGGUGAAUCAUUUACAAUUCAAAUAAGCAGCAAUCUAGUCAAACACCUGGCCGAUGAUUCCGAGAAGGUAACUAGGAAAACAAGGAAGCCGAAGCAAAAGAUUCCUCGAGAACCUAAACAACAGCAACCCCAGAAAGAACAUCCUAAGCAGCAACUCUCCGAUGAAUCGAAUACUUACAAAGCUCCCUCUUCAACUGGAUGGCCUAUUCAGCCACCUCCUCUAUACCUCCCAGUUCCACCUCAGAAAUCGGCAAACGUGGAAUUAGAUUCAAUCUUAUCCGUACUUAACGAGAGCGAGAAAGUUGUGGAGAAGUUGCAGAAGCAAGAGGAGAAUAUGCUGCAAGAGGUAACUCAACGAGCAAAGGAACUUCACGAUAAAGAGUUUAAGCUCCCACAUCGUAAGCUAAUGCCCUGUUUGGAUGAGAAAGAUGCUUGUUUGAAGUGUUACAAGGAGCAUAUCAAGGAUCCAUUGAAAUGCGCCCUAUUCGUCGAGAAUUAUGCAAAUUGUGCACGCAGGUUCAGGCAGCAAGUCAAUGCGUCGGAGGGUAAUUAGCGGAGGCAAAGUUUCGAUGGGUUUUUGCUUUGGUGAAAAAUCUUCGAAGAGUUAUUAUUUUUUUUUUCUUUUUCGAGAUUCUGCAUUGUUGCUGUUUCGUUUUCCUCUGGAGUUAUUUGAGUGUGAAAAAAUUGUCGGUACAUAGGUAGUCCUAUUUAGGAUUACCAAAGUGACAUUAACUAAACUUUGAAUAAAUUCAUAACCUACCAUCCUAUUAACUAGAUUAAUGGAUUUAAAGGCUUUUUUAUUUUUUA